CCCAUAGUUGUCGUCUUUCUUUUGUCAGACGUUGAAACUCCCAUCGCGGGAAUAGCAGUCUAUCAACAAACCAGAUUUUACUUUCUGUCCGCAACUUACACAUCAUUUUUCUUUGAUUCACUGUAUUUCAAGUGACUAUUUUUUUAAUUAAUAACUCAUCAUAGGAAAAUAUCUUAACUUUAAGAUCUGUUUAAAACUAUUUCUAUUUUAAUAAGAAACGCGUCUGUAUUAUAAUACCUACAUCCCGUCAUCAAUAGAAUGAAACUCAUCUCGUGGGGAGCUAACCAGUUUGGACAGCUAGCCCACAAAGGCUGGCCCGUAUUUGAAGCAAGCAAUACACCCAAGCAGUGUAGUCUUGACGGCCUCCCGGACGAUAUAUUAACAAAUAUUAGCAACAUCUGUGGCGGUGGAGGACACACUCUCCUGCUUGAUUCUGACGGCUAUGUUUGGGCGUGUGGACAGAACAACCGUGGUCAGUGUGGCGCACCUACAGAUGCAGAGAUAAAAACUAUUACUCCUUGGACCAAAGUUGAUAUUAAUGGGUUGAAAGUGAGGCAGAUUGCAGCUGGAUGGGAACAUUCAGCCGCGGUUACUGAUAAUGGACGCUUGUACGUUUGGGGAAGCAAUAGCCAUGGACAGCUUGGGCAAGUUGUGGAAAGAGGGAAAUGUACCUACCAACCACAUUGUAUGGCAGGGAAUGUGAAGAAAGUGUCAGCUGGUCUUCGGCAAACAACCUGGAUCGACGCUCAGAAUGUUAUCAACUGCUCUAGCUCCACUGGCGAAAAUAAAAUAACUGUUCCGGGCGUUUUAAAACCAAUUCAAGUAGCGUCUGGCCAGAAACAUAACGUUGUUCUCAUGGGAAACGCGGAAAACGAUGAAAGGCUUGGCCAAAUUUUUUGUUGGGGAGAUAACAAAUUUGGGCAGCUUGCCACUGGUCUGGAUGGUGGGAAAUCCGUGGAAUUGGUUGAAGCUGAAGCUGCAAAAGAGAAGGAAUUUUUAAAUAUUGCAUGUGGUUGGUCUCACAGUGCUGGGAUAACAGCUGAUGGGCGGCUCAUGUGCUGGGGGAGAAGCAACUAUGGACAACUGGGUUGCCCAGAGCAAGUUGACAAAAAGGGACCUUUUACGUGGUUUCACGACCAAGAACAACAAGUUAAGGUGACUCAGAUAGCCCUUGGAUCAGAGCAUACUUUGGCACUAACAGAAACUGGUUCGGUUUACGCGUCUGGCUGGAAUGAGCACGGAAACUGCGGCAAUGGAAGUUUCACCGACCAGUUCUCUCCAGCAAAAAUAUUAGAGGGUUGCAAACUGAUCGGGUGCGGCGCCUCUCAUUGUUUUGCACUUGUGUCCUAAACGACAGGCAUUUGUACCUUCUUAAGUUUAAAAUACAAUGAAAAUUUUACGCUUUGUAA